CCAAGCCCUCCCAUCUCGCCGCUCUGUCGAGGAGAUGGUUUGCCCUGGGAGGGGGAGGGCGGCAGGCACGACGGGGGCUGCGGGAAGGGGACGGAUGGGGGCUGGCGGUGUUUGGAAGGCUGGUGCUGGGCAGCGUGCUCCUGGCGCCCGGGCCCAACACACGCCGUAUUGUGUGGGUCUUGGAGGUGUUUUUUUUUAAUCUGUACUUCUGGGUGAUCGGAGCCCUUGUCCUCGCUGUUGGGAUUUAUGCAGAAGUUGAAAGACAGAAGUACAAAACUCUAGAAAGUGCCUUUCUAGCCCCAGCAAUUAUUUUAAUACUUUUGGGCAUUAUAAUGUUCCUGGUAUCUUUUGUGGGUGUACUGGCUUCUUUAAGAGACAAUCUGUGCCUUCUUCAAGCAUUCAUGUACAUUCUCGGUAUCUGCUUGCUGAUUGAGCUGACCGGUGGAGUGGUGGCUCUGAUCUUCAGAAACCAGACAAUCAAAUUUUUGAACAAUAAUAUAAGAAGAGGAAUUGAGAAUUACUAUGACGAUUUAGACUUCAAGAACAUCAUGGAUUCUGUUCAAAAGCGGUUUAAGUGCUGCGGUGGGGAAGACUACAAAGAUUGGUCACAAAACGCGUACCACGACUGCGCGGCACCGGGACCGCUGGCCUGCGGGGUGCCCUACACUUGCUGUGUCAGGAAUAAGACAGACAUUAUCAACACUAUGUGUGGAUACAAAACCAUUGACAAAGAGCGUUUGAGUAUUCAGCAUGUUAUAUAUGUCCGCGGAUGCACGAAUGCGGUGCUUAUUUGGUUUUUGGACAACUACAGCAUCAUGGCCGGCGUGCUGCUUGGCAUAUUGCUGCCCCAGUUCCUGGGAGUGUUGUUAUCCCUGCUUUACAUCACUCGGGUGGAAGAUAUCAUCACCGAGCACAAGCUGAGCGAAAGACUCUUUGAAGAAGCGCGGCAGAGUUCUGCCCCCGAGUUUACUGGAGCUGGCUGCUGCAUGUGUUACCCAGGGUGA